GGCACGCGGGGGAAGAUGGUGGCCACGCGGCGAGCAGCGCGGCGCGGGCCCGAGCCCGCUGCCCCGGCUGCGGCAGAGGUAGGAGGCAACCGCAAGCCCCGUGCCAGGGCCUGGCUGGUCUGCGCGCUCCGCGGGCCGGGCGCGUGCGCUGCCCAGGGCUCGGCCCAGCGUGUGGGGCCCCCGGCACGGGGGGAGGCUGCCGAGCGGCUCCCCUCGCCCUGCAGCGUGGGGCCUGCUCUGCCCAAGGAGGUUGCAGCCCGGCCCCGGCUGGCAUCUGCUGAAGUUAGUACUCCUGUUUCUGCAAAGAUGUCCAGGAGAAGAACUAAAGGAAACUCUCAGCCAGAAAUCAUUCAUGAAUCUCAGGAUGAGGGGUUGGAAGAUGCUGAAACAAAAUCAGAUCUUGGUGAUCCCUCUGAGGCACAAACAACUAAGAAUAGAGACAAAAAUGUGCAUUCAGCAAAAUCAUGUGUUGAGCCACAGGCUGAUGGAGAUGAAGCAGAAUCAAAUUACUCUGCCGUGUCCGAACUUGAGACACCUUUAUUCAUAAGGAUAACAAGGAGAAGACAAAUCACAAUUCCUUAUCAACCAGAUUCACCAGCCAAAAAUAGGCCUAGCAAGGCAGCUCUUCUAAGUGAAUUAAGUAAAUCUCAAGAUGAAGAUGUCUCUGAAGCUGAGUCAUGUUCUUCAGCUGUAUCUGGCGUCUGUACAACUAGUGCUACAAGAACUACGAGAAGCAGGAAAUGCAAAGCUAAACUCCACCCAGAUCCAGUUUGUGAAGCCCAAGCUGAAGAGGUUUCUGAUGCAGAGUCAUGGUGCUCGGGUCUUUGUGUGGAGCCAACUGUAACUACCAAAAGAAUAACUAGGAGUAUGCUAAUGAAAGCGCAAGCAGAAACCAUUAGACAAACUGAGAAAAAAGUUAGUGAAGUUGUGCUGGAAGAUGAGACGUUAACUGAGGACAGAAUUAAAUCCCAACCAGUAGACAUAUCUGACUGUGAACGUGUCACAAAAUCUGAUUCUGAUACAGAGCAAGCUUCCUCUCUUUCAUCUAAUAGAUACGUCACUCAGAGUAAUAAACAACCCAGCCCCUGCAAGACCCAAUGCCAGACUGAAUCUGCCAAUACAAACCCAAGUGAUGACCCAAAACAAGUUUUAAUUGAUUCAACACCCAGCAGUCCUAAAGAAACAGGAAAAAGAUGUACCAUAGAAUCUCCUAAAAAAGAAGCAAUAAAGGAGACACACUUUGAAAUUGUAGAUAACUCAGAGGAAAUGUUAGAAAAGGAGAGACACAUAACUGGAAAAGAAUCACAGUUGAAAAGUGCUUCCCUUUUUCUAUCUGACCAUGAGAGCCUUGAUGAGUCCUUUAAGUCGCAAAGGCAGACAACCCCAAGUAAAAGCAAAAUAAUUUCAGAACACCAAAAAGCAGAUAUUGGGGAGGCUACACAGAGAUCUUUAACCCAUGGAGAUGAAUUAAUGGUAGCAGACAAGCCAACUAGCACAACAAGCACCCCACAAAAGGGCACAUACCUAUCACCAGUUGGUGGUGACAGUGAUGGUGACUGCAAAAUGUCUAUCAAUGUAGACAAUGGUGUAAGUCAAGCAGAACUAGUUACUAAAUCCUCCUCACAUGUAACCAAAAGAUCAUGUAAUAAAAAGGAAUCUGCUGCGUUGCUCCUGAGCAGCGAUGAGAGUGAUGAAAUGGAAAACAGUGAUGUGGAAGAAGUGAGUGAUGUAGGAGAAAAUCUGUAUUGUACAGAGACCAGAAAUCAGACGUCAUCCUUGAACAAAUCUUUAGAAAAAGACUCAUCACAUGGAGAACUGUUUGUAAUUGACACAGAACCUGGUUUGGAUGGCAACAAAAAGUAUUACCUAGAACAGGAAGAUAGAAGGAGCGAUGCAGAAAGUAAGGAUGAAGAUAGAAGGAGCGAUGCAGAAAGUAAGGAUGAAGAUAGAAGGAGCGAUGCAGAAAGUAAGGAUGAAGAAAGUGAAAGAGAUGAGUCUUCAGAUCUGGAAGAUAAUGAGGAGGAGUUCGUAGAUGAGGAUGAACAUGCAUAUUUAUUGAAAAAGAAAAAGCCUAAUAUUUUACAUCUAUCAAGCAGCAUAGAUCCUGGUCUAAAUAUCAAGAGUCUUGGAGGCUUAUAUAUUAGCUUUGAUGCAGGAAAACAAAAAGCUGGCUCAAGUGCAAUAAAACAAUUAAAGGGGGAAAAGAAAGAAGAGCUCUUGCAGAAGAGUAUAAUAACUCCAGAUUUUGAAAAAAAGGACUGUGUUCCACCAUUCAGGGAGUCAACCCAUCAGAUAAAGAAACAGCGCAAGGCAGAGCGAGAGAAAACAACAGGUGAUGGCUGGUUUGGUAUGAAAGCUCCAGAAAUGACAAAUGAAUUGAAAAAUGAUCUAAAGGCUCUGAAGAUGAGGGCUUCCAUGGACCCCAAACAUUUUUACAAGAAGAAUGAUAGAGAUGGUCUGCCCAAAUACUUUCAGGUUGGAACUGUGGUUGACACUCCAAUAGACUUUUACCAUGCUCGAAUCCCCAAGAAACAAAGGAAGAGAACCAUUGUUGAAGAGCUGCUUGCAGAUUCUGAGUUUAGGAGAUACAAUAAAAGGAAGUACCAGGAGAUCAUGACUGAAAAGGCAGCUCUUGCAGCAGGCAAGAAGAAUCGGAAGAAGAAGAAAUUUCACAAAUAAGCCUGGGAGAAAAUAACAAGAUGAAACUUUUUUUGUUUUGUUUUUUAAUUAUAAAAUUGUUUACAGAACAUUUUGGUGAUUGGUUUAAGAUUGAAGAUGUCGUACUGACUGAGUUAGGGCAGGGCUGGCCCUGUUUUUGCAGUAGUAUUUUGACAGGGGAGAAUGAGAUUUGAGAAAUGCAAUGGGAUUUUGUUCUGUGGACUGGUAUAGAUAUGCAAGAGACAGCAUGAUUCAUUCUUCGUAGAAAAAGGAAAAACCAGACAUCCUGUACAAAUAAAUAGUAGAUGGAAAUGGUCACGUGAAAGAGCUGGGAUUAAAAUACAACCUUUUUUUUUAAUGGAAAAACCUUUAUUAAAAACUGCAAUCCUCGGUUUUUUAGUUUUGUGAGAAACUAGAAAACCUGCAGGCACCUGUCACUAAAGACUCAUAGUUACUGACGGAGUUUAUAAAAACACAUGUAUUCAACCUACAGUAAUCAGUGACUUUUUUAAAAAUCUCAUUGAGCAGCGAUUCAGAUUCUGAGCAAUGAUGCUUCAAAAUCAUAAACUUACACCUGGUAAAAAUAACAUUCUGUUGUGUCAUACAGGAAAAAUAAAUUGUCCACAAAUGGAGAUGAGUUUUAACUCUGA